AUGGCGUCAUCGACUUCGUUCAGCGACAUGAAUUUGUCCAUUGUUGGCCUUGGCACAGAGUAUCCACCCUAUGCGCUCAAGGCCGAUGCUCUCAGCACGCUGAGCGACAGGUUCUACCCGGAGUCGGCGAGCAUGAAGAAGGUCCUCGGCGUCAACCGGUACACAGGCAUCGAUACACGGUCUUCCAUCGGGAACCCCGACCACCCCUCGGUGAACAAGGAAAAGGCUCCCUCAAUAAAGGAACUCCACGACAUUUUCAUGAGCGAUGGCGUGCCCCUCGCCAUCCGAGCUGCUGGCAAAGCACUCAAAGAGUCCGCCAUUGACGCCUCUCAAAUCACACACAUCGUCUCCACGACCUGCACUGACUCUGCCAACCCCGGAUUUGACCACUACGUUGCCAAGGAGCUCGGUGUCUCCCACAAGGUGGAAAAGGUCUUGCUCCACGGUGUAGGCUGCAGCGGUGGCCUUGCGACACUGAGGACAGGUGCCAACCUGGCCCUGGGACAUGCUGCUCGCGGCAAGCCUGCGCGCGUCCUGUGCGUGGCGCUCGAGGUCAGCACCACACUGGCACGUAGUGAGCUGGACAGCAUCAGCGAGCUGCAAGAGACCAGGAUAGGCGCGUGCCUGUUUUCAGAUUGCGCCAGUGCGGCUGUGCUGAGCAAUGGCAUUGGCGAACAGGCCACACCUAUCUACGACCUGCUCGGCUGGGAUCACCGCACCCUACCCGACACUGAAGACGACCUGGGCUUUGAUGUUGAUCCACUAGGCUGGAAGGUCGUGCUGACACCCCGCGUGCCCAAGCUUACGGGUGCAUCUAUCAAACCCGCUUUCGAGGAUCUCAUGUCGCAAUUACCAGAUCUGCCCGCCAACUACCGCGCGCCGUCCGACUUUGACUGGGCCAUGCACCCUGGCGGCGCCACCAUCCUGACUGGCGCGGAGCGUGCCAUGGACAUUACCCCAGAGCACAUGCGCGCGAGCUACGACACGUACAUCAACCAUGGCAACUCCUCAUCCGCCACCAUUUUCAGCGUCAUGAACCGUUUGCGAAGCAAGGAAAUGGACGAGCUGGCCCCUGGCGGCAACGUCAAGGACUACGUCGUUGGCUGUGCCUUUGGUCCCGGCAUCACCGUCGAGAUGUGCAUGCUGAAGCGACACCAGCCUGGUGCGGGUGCAUCGCGCGUCGUGCACGGCCUCCAGACGCCGCCCAUGACGGACUCGGACGCGGCUAGUGACAAUGUUUCCGAUGGCGAGUGGUCGACGAGCGAGUCGGUAGAGGAGAGGUUGCCCGACGCCGAUAGACAAUUUGUUGCGCAGGCGUUGGAGCAACUAGACUUGGACUGA